ACAUAUUUAGUGCGGCAUUGCAAUAUGGCCGCGCCCAUGGAGCAUGCAACCAGAUGUAAAUCUUGAACACGUUGACUAGCUAUUACAAAUUAGAAAUAGGCUUUCCAUCAUCGUUGAAUUUGCUUCCCCACCUACUGACAACACUUUUUGUCACCGUUAAUCGUGUUGAAGUAGAACCAGCUAAAGCAAAAUGAGAAACCUACAGUUACUGGAGGUGAAGAGAGUGGUUGACAACACAAGUAUGAAUAGAUGUCAGCACAUCACAAUGGACACAGACACAGACACACUGUAUGCUGCAGGGCCAGCCUGUCUGUGUGCUAUAGAUGUCCAGUCAGGACAGGUGGGCAGUUCAGUCAGUCUGACCAAGGAAGACUUCCUCCCCUCAGAUGGGACAGGGUGCAUUGUGGGUAUGCAGUAUCUGGCAGACCAACAGGGCGUAUGUGUUGCCGUUGGCAACGGCAACCUGCUUGUCUGGAGUGUUUGUACAGGGCAGAUUGAGUGUGUCGGCUGUGUGGAGAGUGGGUUCACAGCCAUGGCCUGGAGUCCAGACCUGGAGGUCCUUGUCCUUGCGACAGGCGAUGAGACCCUGAUCAUGAUGACAAGAGAGUUUGACCCCAUCACAGAGAUCUCCCAGCACCCUCAAGACACAGGGGAUGCUGCCUUUGUGACUGUUGGAUGGGGUAAGAAAGAGACCCAGUUCCAUGGGUCUGAGGGCAAGGCUGCUGCACAGAAGAAAGACAAGUCUUGCCGCUCUGCCACGCCUUGGGAUGACUGCCGUCCAAGGAUCAGCUGGCGAGGGGAUGGUCAGUUCUUUGUUGUGAGCAGCAUCAGCCCAGACACAGGUGGCCGGCAGCUCCAUGUGUGGACAAGGGAUUGCUCACACCACUCCAGUAGUGAGCCUGUGGAUGGCCUGGAGCAGCCCCUUGCAUGGAGACCGUCUGGAGGUCUUGUUGCCUGCUCCCACAUGCGACCAAACAAACAUGAUGUGGUGUUCUUUGAAAAGAAUGGUCUUCGGCAUGGGGAGUUCACUCUGCCAUUUCCUGUAAAUACGGUGAAGGUUCGGGAGGUGUUGUGGAACAUGGAGUCAACUGUCCUGGCUGUGUGGUGUGAAGAGAUGGGUCCAGAUCAUACCAACCAGCAUCCUGAACAACAUAUCCCAGUGUCAUAUGUUCAACUUUGGACUGUGAACAACUAUCACUGGUACUUGAAGCAAAGUCUACAAUUCUCACCUGAAGAAAGGGUGAUGGAUGUGCAGUGGAACCCUGAACAUGGAUACAGAAUGCACAUUAUGUGUUCUGGGGCCCAGUAUCUGCAGUAUACAUGGUCCUGGUCAACAUGCCACAGCUUGGGGAAGUCAGCAGAUGAUAUGGCUACAGUGACAGUGAUUGAUGGAGAAAAAGUUCUUGUGACACCAAUGAGACAGAUGGUUGUACCGCCUCCAUUGUCUGCCUUCCAGCUGGAGUUGCCUGCCCCUGUCAGUCAGGUGACAUUUGGUCCAGCAGGCUUGAGUAAUGACAUUGCAGUGAUGUUGUCUGAUCAGAGGCUGGCUGUGUAUCAUCUCGCAGCAGAAGCCAAGAAUGGAUCUGAUGAAAGUGUAAAGCUUGGAGCAGCAGGAGGAACAGGCUUCAGUGUGCAGUGCAGGAGACAUUCACUGAAGUGUGUGUACAGUGUCAAGUUUACGUCUGUGAUUGUGAAUUUUCCCCUUCACAUCCAACACCUUACCUGGUUAACUCCGGAUUGCUUCAUCUUCUGUGGACUGGAUGCUGGUAACACCCACUCUGUACUGUACAAAGCUGAGCUGGCUGGGGACACACUAGCUGUCAGAUCAAGUCUGGAUGUAGAGAACCUCGUGCACUGCAUAGCUGUCAGUGUGGACACUCCGUCAGUGGCAAUCCAGUUGUGUGAUGGAACUGUACUCCGAUACCUGUCAGAUGAUGACAGUCUGUCGCCAUGGAACACUGAGUGUGGACAGGACCUCCAACUGCCACAUGCCUGCAGCCAGAUGUCUGUGUGUCUGAUAGGGGGAGAGGAGGUUGUUUUGGGACUGACUGACCGAUACAGGUUCUAUGUCAAUGACAAGGAGAUUGCCUCUAACUGUACAUCUUAUGCUGUCCAUGAUGAGUUCCUGCUUCUGACGACACUGAGUCAUACAUGUCGAUGUAUUUCACGACAUACCAGGGUCAGAGAUUUACCUAGCCUGUCUGAUGGCAAGGCCCACCCUUUUGAUGAGUGUGUCCGCCGCGUGGAGAGAGGGUCACGCAUCGUGACUGUGGUCCCUGAGGCCACCAAGCUGGUGCUGCAGAUGCCGAGGGGUAACCUGGAGGUCAUACACCCCAGAGCUCUUGUACUGUCAGCUGUCCGCAAGUAUCUUGAUAGGCAGCAGUACAAGGAAGCAUUCCUGGCUAUGAGGAAACAUCGGAUCAACAUGAACCUGAUGUAUGACCAUGACCCCCAGAUGUUCUGUGACCACAUCCAGCAGUUCAUAUCUCAAGUGGAGGCAGUCAACCAUCUGAACCUCUUCCUCACGGACCUGCAAGAGGAUGAUGUGACAGUGACCAUGUACACUGCGGCAUACAACAGACACUCACAGCCACACAGCCAGGGGACAUCCAAGGUGGACAGAGUGUGUGACUGUGUGAGAGAAGCAGUCUCACACCUAGACAGGGACAAAUAUUUGCUGACGAUCCUGACUUCCUAUGUGAGGAAGAGUAAGCCUGACCUGGAGGCUGCCCUCAGUCUUGUGAAGAGUCUCCGAGAGACAAGAAAGGAGGGAGUCAGUGUGACAGCCGAGGAGACACUCAAGUACCUGCUCUUCCUUGUUGAUGUCAAUGAACUGUAUGAUGUGGCCCUUGGAUCUUAUGACUUUGACCUUGUGUUGAUGGUCGCAGAGAAAUCUCACAAGGACCCAAAGGAGUAUAUCCCAUUCCUUAACAAAUUGCGUAGAAUGGAGGAGAACUACCGCAGGUUUGCCAUCGAUCAACAUCUCCGCCGCUUCAGAAAAGCUCUACAUCACAUUGCUGGCUGUGGUGAAGAUAGGUUCCAGGAAUGUCUGUCCUAUGUAGAGGAGCACAAGUUAUAUGGGGAUGCUCUAAGGCUAUUUCCCCCAAGGACUUCACAGUACAAGCAAUUGGCAACAUCGUAUGGGAACUAUUUGUGUGUGAAGAACCGUUCGGACGAAGCAGGGGUGAUGUACAUCAAGUCUGAGGAGUGGGAGCUAGCACUGGAGGCCUUCACAGCAUGCAACAACUGGAGACAGAUGUUCUGCCUGACUGUCAAACUUGGUUACUCUUCAGAACAGGAAGCAGAGAUAGCCAGGCAAUGUGCACGCCAGCUGCAAAGCAUGAAGAAGUUCUCGGAUGCUGCAGUGGUGUUUGAGACAUAUGCUAAGGAUGUUGAGGAAGCCAUUGUCUGCCUGAUAGAAGGUGCAUUAUGGGAAGAAGCUAUGAGAAUGAUGCACCAACAUAGAAGAACUGAUUUCAUUGAAACAAAUCUGAAGACUGCUCUGCUAGAAUGUCAUGAACAACACUUGGAGACUCUGGAGGAGUACAGGGACAAUUUCGAGAGACACAAGAACAGGCUUAGUGUUGUUCGGGAACAAAAUGAGAGACAGAAACUGGAGAUUAUGGAUGGCGAUGUACCGUGCAACAAUGCGGACUCUGACUUGUUCUCUGACACCAGCAGUGCUACAGGCGUCAGUGUUCAGUCCUCUCACUACUCCUACAACAGCCAGAGAUCAACAGUCAUCAGCCGAGGCACUGGGCGCUCCUCCAAGAGCAGAAAGAAGGGGGACAGCCAGAGGUGGAGUCUGAAGGAGGGCAGUCAGUAUGAAGACUGUGCACUCAUAGAUGCUCUGGCAAAGAUCAUCACCGCUGUGGACAGCUUGAAGGAGGAAGUGAACUCUCUGAUGAGGGCACUAGUGCAGUUUUACUAUGAUGCCUUAGCUUUGUCCCUACACCAGCAGUUGGACUCCUUCCUCACACUGAUUGACAGGUCCAUCCCCUGCAUCUGGCUGGAUGAAGGCCCGCAAGAUGCUAACCCAGUGCUGGGUCCUAACAUGACGUCAAACGCCAUAGCACAGGCCAUGCAACAAGGCAGCAGUAUUAACGCUAGUGAAAAGAAAGAUCCAGUGCUGAUUGCCCCACCCAAGCGUAGGAAGGAUGUUCGCUGGAGACUACACAUGGUGCACACUGGAGGAGACUGAUGGCCCCACUGGUGAUGAAGCACGGUCUGCAUCCAGAGCCCUGGUUCUAUUGCAUGACCAUGGACCUGUGUUUGAGAUGGGAUCUGUACACAAGACUUUGAACAGACAUUGUCUUGUGUAGGAAGGGGAACAUGUACAGAAUACUUGAACAGGGUUGUGUACAGAAUACAUGAAAAGUAGGGCUGGGGUGAGAAUUUACUACCUGUGUACCCAACCUUCUAUUACCCUAACCCUUCCCGGAGAGUUGAAUACAAAGUGUCCCAUUGGGAAAUGUGUUACUGGAGCCCUGGCAAAAACUAUUUAGAUAUACGUAUAAAAUAAUCUGAUCAUGCAUACACUGGAGCUAACUGAAGCUUUAUCGUUACUAAAACAUAAACCUGAUCCAACACUUGCAUAGUCAGAAAUGCAAACAUUAGCGAUAAAUAGUGCAACCAUGGAGUUUUAAUGUUUUUGUCAUGAAACAUGCGACUAACAACGGUUCCUACUCAGGAGUUACCUGUCUUAACCCUAUAAAGAAAAGGCAUCCCCCUGUGUUUGAAGUGCAAUAUGUACACAAUACUUCAACAGACGAUGACCUGUGUUUGAAGUGGAAUAUGUGCACAGCACUUGAACAAUGACCUGUGUUUGAAUUGGAAUAUGUUCACAGUACUUGAACAGACGAUGACCUGUGUUUGAAGCGGAAUAUAUACACAGUAUUUGAACAGACGAUGACCUGUGUAGGAAGUGGUAUAUGUGUACAAUAAUAUCCAAUCUUUUCUUUCAUGUGAAAUGUGCACCAUACAUAUAUUUGUUGAUA